AUGCGGGAGGAGACUGUGUACAUAGCAAAACUGGCCGAGGAGGCCAAGCGGUUCGAUGAUAUGCAAAAGGCGAUGGAGAAGUUGGUCAGAAAUAUCUCGGACGGCGAGCUGACGGACGAGGAGCGCAUCUUGCUUUUCAGAGGCUACAAGAACGUGUUCGGCGCGUCUCGAAAGUCUUGGAAAAUUCUUUCUUCCAUCGAAGCGGAACAGGCCAAAAAGAAGGGCGACCACGACAGGACACAAGCCGAUGCCGAAUUGCUGAGGGAAUACAAAAGAGAAAUCGAACUGGAAAUGAGCGGCCUCUGCGACAAUGUCUUCAGCCUCCUCGAUACUCUUCUGAUCCCCACCUCCACCACCGCGGAAUCGAAGGUUUUCUUCCUGAAGAUGAAGGCCGACUUCCUCCGCUACGUGACCGAGUUCAAGACCGGAGCCGAAGCCAAAGAAGCAGCCGACACCACUCGCCUCACUUACGAAACAGCGUACGACAUCGCCGAGAAGGAGUUGGCCCCGACGCAUCCGUGUCGAUUGGGACUCAUGCUCAAUUUCUCGGUCUUCUUUUACGAAAUUUUGAAAUCCCCGGACCACGCGUGCAGAUUGGCCAAACGGGCUUUCGAAGAGGCGGUGGAGCUGGAGGAGUCGAACGAGGAUAGCAUCCACAUCAUCGACCUGCUGCGGAAUAACUUCACCGUCUGGACUUCCGGCAGGCACGACGAAGCCGGAAUCAAGGAGAAGAGCAAGAGCCAGGAACUGCCGGAGCGUGGAUGA